UCAUAAUAUGUGGUUCCAUCGUUACAAAGUUCGCCGCCGACGGCCGCCGUGAUUGAGGCCACCGUGGCCCGCUGGUCCCCCUCCUCCCUUUUCGUUAGAUUUUUUUUUUCUCAUUUUCAAAAUAAUUAAUUAUUAAAUAAAUUCAGUGGGUCCACUCAUUCAAUCCAAAUGCGUCACGUGGCGCCGCAAAGUAAAAUCCGUUAAAAUUAACGGGAGGAUUGACGGAAUGCUAGAUGUAAGAAUGAAAGGUGCGUUGGUGAUAUUAUGUGUCAUUUCAAAAAGUUCAUGUUAGAUUUAAGAAAAAAAGUGCAAAGUUGGUGAUUUUUUCGUCAUUAUUCCUUAAUAUUAUUAUUUUUGUAUUUUUCGAAUUAAAAACUGCAGGGGAGCCAAAUCCAACUGCCCCCAAUAUGUCUUUUCUUAUAAAAGAACUCCAAAUAAGUUGACCAUAGGUUGUGAACUGGGAACAAUUUCCUUGAAAUUCUCCACUUCCAUCGUUCGACUUGCCAAAAUUUUUUAUUUUCGACUUCACAUUCACGAUCUGAUGGGAAUCAGGUUUCAUUCUCCACCGAGGAUCGUCCUUAGUUGGAGACUGUAAGUGGAUUAUGUGCUUCUUCAAUUUUGUGUACAAAUCGAAGAUCUACAAACUGGAGAUUAGAUAUGGUAACUUUCAUUAUUCUCUUGGCUCUCGACUUCGAGGGAUAGCAUUGACUGUGAUCGGCGAUCUGCUACCCUCUUAUCUUCCAACGUAUGAUUGUUCUGUUUCUUUCGGCAAGAUGUUGGAGUAGACAUGCUCAGUUGCUGUUGCCUUUGUUUACAUGUCAGUGUCAUGUUCACUCUCACCAAUUUCUUAUUUAUGUGCUACCGCCCUGCCGGUAAGAAUUCCUGAGAGAUUUGAGACCAUGGUUAAAGUGAUGCGUUUUGCUUCGAGAAGAAUACGAUGAUAUGCGAAUGGUAUUGCUGUUCCCCCAAAGAGAUGUUUGUUGUUUUGAAAUGUGAGUAGGGUGUUCUGUUUAGCAGCUUUGCGUGUUCGGUACCUGGUAUAGGAAAGACUACCCAAACGAUCCCUGUUAGGAUCAUAUGGAAGUCAAUUGAAAGAAACAAUCCAGAAGUUUGUCGAAAACCUUCUCACUCAGCUCAUCUGCUAGGAAGAUUUUUCUUUUGCCGAGUUUCAGAGAUCUGCUAGCUUGUUGUCUUUCCUCUGGUGAGUUGUGAUCGUCCUAUAUCUGUGACAUCUUGGAGGAGUUGACUUGCCCUGCUUUUGCAGAAAUUGUGACAGCAGGCCAGCCCAGUGUGUUAUUUCAUCAUUGUUUGCAUUUCGCUGGGGAAUGCGGCCCAAAAAUAACCUGGAACUAGUCAGUUCUGAGAUCAGGGAGACUGGAACUACCCUUGUUUAAGAUAUUUUCUACCUCCCUGGGAUAAGAGAAGUUAGCUAAGGCUUUAUCAAAAGAUGGUGUAGCGCAGUCGUUCCAGCUCUGCUAUUGCCACUCUUCAGUCUUCAUUCCUCAGCAGUAGACCAGUGAAGCUCUGCUACUGCCAGUCUUCAUUCAUCAGUAGUAGAUCAGUGAAGUUGCCUGAGGGUCAGUAGCUGGCAUGGGUAAGCCAAGGGACAAGUUUUGGGAUCACGCUGAAGUCAUGCCGAAUGAAGGUGAAGCCAAGGAUCGUUGGAAGUGUAGGUUCUGCCACAAACUAUUUUCUGGGGGAGCUUCUAGGAUAAAGGCGCAUUUGGGAAAGGUCGAAGGCAAAGGAAUUAAAGUUUGUGAAAGUGAAGUUGAUGAAGCUACGAUGAAAGAAGCUAACGAGGCUCUUGAGAAGAGUACAAAGAGAAGAAAGGUGGACGCUGGAACCAAUUCAGCUCAAGUCAACCCACAACAGAUGGUGGCAGAUUUGCGGAUUACUCUGCCAUUUGCGUCGAGGGACAAUCUAGAUGACAUCUCUAAUUCGCACAGCAUUUUCGGGGAUUCUAGUGCAAACUUAUUACGAGAAGUCUGUGGUGGAGCAGAGGUGGAAGGUCCAUCAAAUGCUCAUGUGUACAACAAUGAAAGAAGUAGCAUACCAUGUUCAAGCUUUGUCACAGAAGCAGCUGACCGAUCGCGUUGGCCUGAACACAACACUCCCCAACUAGAAGACCUGCCACCUUUGCAAGAGGAUCAAUGCAGUUCGUACGUACAUGAGCUGCAGGUCGAAAAUGCAAAUGCACUCCCACUCGAGUUCCAAACCGUGCAACCAUAUGUUCCUACUCUGCUACCUGAGAAUGUUCAGCCAUCUCUUCCUAAAAGCACGCGUAAUGUACUACCGCGGGUGAUAUUAGAGGUUAAUUCCUAUGGAGACAACCCAGUGCAAGAUGAGCCUGACCUGAUAGUUGAAGACCGUGAAGCUAAUAGCAUUAUGCUCGAGCAAACCAAUCAUUUUGAUCAGAUGCGAAUUGAUCCAGAUCCCAACAAUGAAGACAAUGGGGACGAUGCCUUCGUUCUACCUUCUUCUGCAUCAAACUCGUUUGCAAGGGAAACUGCACAGUGUCAUAUGUUAGCGCCCAAAUUGGUGGGUCGAGAACGGAUUGUGGAUGAGCUUUGGUAUUACUUAAUGACAAAUGAUAUAUUGUGCAUCGGAGUCUAUGGGAUGGGGGGAGUGGGGAAAACCACAACCAUGAAACACCUCUAUAAUAAAAUUCAGGGAAGUGCUACCUUUGAGAAUGUAUUCUGGGUCACGGUGUCAAAAGACUGCAGUAUCCACGAGCUUCAAAAUAAGAUUGCCAGAGCCCUCAUGGUUCCUGACCUUUUCAAGGAUGUUGAUGAAGGGAUGAGGCCAACGUUGUUGUUCAACCAUUUGAGCAAGAAAAAGAAGUGUCUAGUUAUUUUAGAUGAUAUGUGGCGGCAUUUUGAGCUUGCAGACGUUGGAAUUCCAGUCAAAAGAGAUGGUGUUCAUCUGGUCCUAACAACACGAUAUCGUGAUGUUUGCGAAAAGAUGUUGUGUCAAGCGAAAAUCGGAGUUCGACCUCUAUCAAACGAAGCAGCAUGGGCAUUGUUUGUAGAGACACUUGGUUCCGAUCUACCUCCUCGUCGGAAGCUUAUUGCUGAGGAUAUUGCUAAGGAGUGCAAAGGCUUGCCGUUAGCUAUUGUUGUUAUGGCUGGAAGCAUGAGGGGAGAGUUCGAGGAUCAUGUAUGGGAAGCCACGCUGGAAAAUUUAAAACGACCAGGAGUUCUGGAACAGUGUAUGAAGGAGAGUGUUUUCCCGAUUCUGGUGCACAGUUACAACCGCUUGGAUAAGAAUAAACAACUAUGUUUUUUAACGUGUGCUCUAUAUCCCGAAGAUUGGUUAAUCCCUAGACGAGAACUGAUAGAACUUUUUAUUGAUGAGGGGGCGAUUCAUGAAGAUAGGAGGCGGAAGAUGUAUAACGAAGGGCACAGAUUAUUAGAUGAACUUGAAAAGGCGUGCCUCUUGGAGGCAUGUAGUGCGGGCGCUAGAAGAGUUAUGAUGCAUGAUGUGAUUCGAGAUAUGGCGCUGCACAUCAUGAACGCGAACAACGCCCCAUGCAUGGUGAAAUCUGGCUUGGGUUUGGAAGAUGUGCCGGAUGAUGAGGAAUGGUUGCCUAAUCUUCAGAAGGUCUCCUUGAUGAGGAAUGGCAUAGAAGCAAUUCCACCCUCCAUAUCACCAAACUGUCCUCAACUUGCAACUCUGUUGUUGAGUGACUGUUCAAGAUUGCGUAAAAUCUCAAAACGUUUCUUUCAGCGGAUGCAGGGGUUGAAGGUUAUUGAUUUGAGAGGAACUAGCAUCACAAAAGUGCCAAAAUCUGUCAUGAACUUGGAAAAGUUGAACGCACUGAUACUCAAUUUGUGCUCUCAUUUAUCUCGUAUUCCGUCCUUGGCGAAGUUGACAUCAUUAAGGAAGUUGGACCUCCGAGGGUGUGUAAAUAUUAAAGAAGUACCAAAUGGUUUGGGGAUGUUAGUUAAUCUUACAUAUCUCUACUUAACAGGGACGAGGAUUAAAAGGAUUCCAGAUGGAGUAAUCUGUAAGUUAAAGAAGCUACAGUACCUUGAAGCGGAUAAUAUUGCAGUGAAGGGAGAAGAAGUCGGAAAAUUGAGGAAGUUGGAGUUACUCCGAUGUCGUUUUGAAAAUGUGAAUGAGCUCAACGAGUACACACUGCUUGUGAUAACUAUAGAGUCAUACAGUCUCGUCAUAACAGCUCGUUCUGUGACUCGCGCAUAUCGAGCUCGUAUAGAUGACGACUAUUUCAAUUUUUUUAAUAGAGACAAAGUUAUUAUUAUGGGUGAAGGAGAGUAUAAGAUAGGAGAAACUUGUCAUCUCCUAAGAGACGUGAAGGCAUUGCUGAUUCGAGGCUAUGGCGGGGGGUGGAAUAUAUCCAGUUUUAUGGGACUGGAAGAACUGGAGGUGCUAUGGAUCAAAGGGUGCGAUGAGGUGUCAGCACUGGGUGGGAGUGGGGGACAGCCAGGAGAGCCAGAGGGACAACUGGAGGAACGAACUUCUUCAUCACCACCAGAAGACCACUGCCCCAAUCUCAAGGUGCUACAGAUCUCUAGAUGUCCAAAAUUGAAGCAUCUAUUGGUGCCCAGACACAGCUGCAAUAUGUACCUUAAGAAACUAGAAAAGCUCGUGAUAUACGACUGCGAGGAGCUAGAGAGUAUAAUAGACGAAGAAGAAUCACUGACAUCAUCAACAUCACCACUGCCACCCGACGCUUUCUCCCAACUCCAAUCAAUUGAAAUCGUCAAUUGUCCAAAGAUGAAGAAGGUGCUAACUCUUGAGUUAUUCAUGCUCCUCCCCAAACUCCACACUAUCAUCGUUAGUAAUUGCAAAGAGAUGAAGGAGGUGAUAGGCGGCCAAGAAUUAGACCACGGAGCCACCAGAAGCUUGUUCUUGUCCCCCGUUCCAGCAGCAUAUCCUGGUGAUCAAUUAAGUACAAGAAAGCUGACCUUGGAAUUAUACCGCCUUGAGGAGCUGGAGAGCAUAUGCAGUUGGACCGGACUUCGGGAUCUCAUACAUGUCAUUAAGAUACAUGAAUGUCCGAAGCUGAAGAGGAUUGAAAUGCUAGAUGAUGCUUCUCCUCCCCUUUCUCUUAAGAAGAUAGUACUAACCGUAGAAGUGGAUGGAAAUAGAGAAAAACGAUGGUGGGAAUCUCUGGAGUGGGUCCACCCUGAGGCCAAGACUACCCUUGAACCCUAUGUGUUUGUUGAUUCGGUAGACGGAAAUAUUCCUUUACAAGAAUGCCGGUCCUAAUCGACAGCAGGAUUAGGGAGGGAGGGAGGGAGGGAGGGAUGGGCCCAAACUGUGCUGAGAGGAAGUGCUGAUGCACGUCAAGGUACUACUUUUCACUUGCUGAACAAAAUUUUCCACCUUUUUUCCAUAGGGGCACCGACGAAUGACUUAAUAUAUUUUUCUGUCUUUUAUUUUUUAAAAGUUUUUUUUUUUUGAGAAAUUUCAUUUUCUGACAACAACUAUAUUGUUUGGUGUUUUAAAAAUUUCAUCAGAUUUCCUAUUAAGGUAAUCGAAGUCCUGUCCUAACCCUUCCGUCAUCCAUCUUCUGUAGUUCUCCUGUAAUUCUGGCCCUUUGAUGUGAUGAUUUUCUCGUCUUCUGUGACAAUAAUCGCUCAUUCUCUUGCUUUGCUCUUUGUACCGAGCACGAGCAAAAAUGCUUUUUUGUA